AUGUCGUCGGACAAUCCUAUGUCCACCGAGCAUCCAGCUCACGAUUUCAUUGAAUUAUUCCCAGAGACAGAGUCAGUGUCUGAUAUGGGCACUACUCCAGUCCCUCCCCCUAGUCCACCCCAAUCCUUGACAGAUGAUAUCGUUAUGGAAGAGAUAAAAGCAGUCUUCUCUCAUGAUGAAGAAAUAAAAGAUUCAGAAGGCCCUCAGCCAGAUGAAUCAAGCAUCAAAAAUUGCAAUAAUAACCCCGGGUCCCUUCAGGAAAACCAAGUAGUUAUGAUUCAACAGAUAGUUACCAUUCCCCCUCAGGGAACAACAAACUCACUUGAGUUCACAAAUGACCCACAACUAGAAGCUGACUACGACAGCCAACGAUUCGAAGGCAAGAAGCCCACCAAAAGACCGUGUAAUAGCCCAGACACAGAGAGAAAUCAAAGUGACCUGGCAAACACGAUACAACAACUGAUGAAACAACUCGAACAGAGAGAUAAAGAAAAUAAGCGAGUACAACAAGAAUUCAAGGAAAUACUCGAAGAAAGAGACAGAGAAAAUAAACGAGAACAACAAGAAUUCAAAGAUCUAAUCGCCGAAUUAAGAUCAAUAAUUAGAACAAAAGACGACGAAGCAAGAAGGAUGAUGGAUCAAAUCAUGAAAUUGACCAAAACCGUCCAAGAAAUGACAAACAAACGGACUGUCACAAUAACAAAAAUAGACGAAAGUCCAAUGACCUGGGAACAGACAGAAAAUGAAAAACAUGAAGAAUCAGAAACAGAGACAACGGUAUACAAAAACAAGUCAUACCAAAAGUCAAUCCUAUCCAAAAGGAAAAAACGAGAGGAUAUAGGGAAGUCCCAGAAUAAUGACCUCAAGAAAUUAAAGACAGUCGCACAGUCGUAG